GGAUCCGAUUAAUUUUGAAUUUUUUGUUUUCUGAAUGACGUAAAUUUCCCGACGUUCCUACACGUCAUAAUAGAACCCAAGCUUAUGUAUUUUUUUAAAUUUCCAUACUUACAAAAAUGGAGGAAGUACCACUGAGAAAUUAUCCUAGAUUUAUCUCACUAAAUCUUGGUAAAAAAUAAUUGAUCUGCUCGAGGUCUGCACUGGUAUUUGCAUGAGGUUCAAGGAGUUCAAGUUAGUCCAAAUGAUAAAAUCUGAUUUCAUAGAUGUAUUGUAUUGAAAUUUAAAGCAAUAAAGGAUUCAUUAGUUAGACGGAUGUUUUCAGAAGAAAAUGACGCAAAGACCACUUCGGAGAGCUCCAGGUCAAGGGUUUGGUAUGUACCCAGACUCAGUUUUUAAUCUACAGGAAGGUGAUGACCUGCACCCCCAGCUGGUAAAGCAAGCGCGUAGUUCCGGUCAACUAAAUCUGUCCAACCGAGGCCUAGUUUGUGUACCUGACAAGGUUUGGACGUUAAUGGAACUUACGAAGGAGGAAGAAGAAACCUUGAGGAAGGGGGUUUCCUUGGAAACUAGUUCCCAGGAGAACUGGUGGGACCAUGUUGAGCUGACUAAACUUAUUCUGGCUUGUAACAAGAUAUCUUCAAUAUCAUCUCAGAUCUCUAAUCUUGUAUCCUUGACUAUACUGGAUUUACAUGACAACCAACUAUCUGAUCUCCCCACACAAAUGUCGGCUCUUACCAAUCUUAGGAAGUUGAACUUGAGUCACAACCGACUCAAGAAUUUACCGGAGGGAUUUUCCGAGCUCAGAGAAUUACGUAAUCUUCAGCUCAAUAAUAACCAUUUAGAGAAACUAGAAGAUUGGAUUAGCGAUUUGAGCAUGUUAAAUCAUCUUGACCUUUCCAACAAUCACUUAACUAGCCUUCCUUCAAAUAUAGGAUUUCUAGUGCAGUUGACCCAUCUUAUCUUGAGCAAGAACAACUUAGAGUCCUUACCUUCAGAGCUAGCAUUCAUGAGAGCUCUGGUUUCUCUAGAUUGUACCUCGAAUCAGCUGAAGAGUAUUCCAAAGGACAUGCAGGAACUUCACCACUUAGAAUUGGUAUACUUGAGGCAUAAUCAGUUAACCAGAGUACCCUGCCUCAAACUGUGCACCCAGUUAAAGGAACUACAGUUGGGUAGUAACAGGAUCAGUGAGGUUAGCCUGGAGGAUAUAGAAAAUAUACCAAACAUUAGAACCUUGGAACUCAGGGACAACAAGAUCAAAACAUUACCAGAUCAAAUCACAGGUUUACAAUUGUUGGAGAGGUUGGAUGUAUCUAACAAUGAUUUAUCCACGUUACCCUUUACAUUAGGAGUUCUUCCUCAUCUCAAGACAUUACAAGUUGAGGGCAAUCCUAUGAAAGCAAUUAGACGGGAUAUUAUUGCAAGGGGAACUGCUGGUUUAUUGAAGUAUCUGAGAUCAAGACUAGAAGAAGAUCAGAUAGCGGAGUUGGCUAAAGCAGGAACAGGAAAUGUAUCUCCAGUUCCCCCCGAUAGUCCAACUAUACCAGACAAGUUUACCAUGAGAUCUUCACAAGUCGUCAAUUUGUCGAAAAAAGGACUGACUGAUAUACCUGGCGAAGCUGUAGAAAAUGCUCUAGAAGCGAAGGUUAAUGCAGUAGAUGCGAGUAAAAACCUAAUAUCAAUAUUUCCAGAGAGCCUGUUAGACCUCCUCCCAUUACUGUUUGAGCUUAACCUGAGCUCCAAUAAGCUGAGCUCCGUCCCUUCCUGGAUCCAGGUGGGAGCUAAACUCCAGUUUUUAGAUCUCAGCAACAACAAGCUCCAACAACUGCCGGAGGAGAUGGGAGAGUUAAAACAUCUACGGGAGAUUGUUCUAUCAUUUAACCAGUUAUCAAGUAUCCCUCCUAGUCUAUGCAGAUGUGGAAAACUAGAGACUAUUCUUAUAGCAAACAAUAAGAUAGCCCAGCUAGAUGUAGAGGCGCUGUCAGCUCUGGGUCAGCUUGCUGUUCUUGAUUUACAGAACAAUGCAAUAGAGUCGGUUCCACCAGAACUAGGAAACCUUACACAGCUUAGAGCUUUACAACUAGAGGGAAAUCUGUUCCGAAUGCCGCGUCCUGCUGUUCUGGUUCAAGGAACCGGAGCUGUCCUGUCAUAUCUUAGAGAUAGAAUACCAAAAUAAAACUUCAAACAAGUGUAUUCAAGAAAAUAAAACUUCAAACAAGCGUAUUCAAGAAAAUAAAACUUCAAACA